AUGGCGACCCCAGCCUGGAGGGGGCCAGGUCUCCCGGCCCACACACCACGCCUCCCUCAGCGACUACAUAGCUCGCCGAUUCGAUCCAACAUUUCGGCACCUUGCGAUGUGGCACCAAGUCGCGGAUCCCUACGCUCUCUGCCCGUCCGUGUUCCCGACACUCAGCCCGCGGGGCAGAUUCCCGUUCCCGCGGACCGACGCGCUCUCCUCGGCUCCCUCUUGUCAGCAUACCGCGUCCGCCCGCCUUCGGCCAGUGACGUGCGCGUCCAAGAGAGCCAGGCGUGGGACGGCACACCGAGGACGACAUAUCCGGAUCUCGCCCGGCGUGCACCGGCCGUGCGGGUGAGGCUAGGCACAGAGCCCCGGACGGUGGGAAGUGCAGGAUACCGCUCCCGCCGCACGCGACGAUGA